UUUGAGCCAUGUGCGCCCAGCAGUUGAUUGAUUAUCGAAUUGAACAAAAUACUCGGGCUGCCAAAAUAUUUGCAAAUUGUGUGCGUAUUUAUUGUCUCUUUGAUAAGUAAGGAGAAGUACAUCAGCUGGAAUCCAGUAUCCGCACUCUCUAUACGGGAGCAGGAUCGACUGAUUGUAUUAUAGAUAAGAAUAUUCUUUAAUUCUCCGGUACCAUGUCUUUUGAAGGAUUGGAUGCCGGUUCCAUUCUUGCCGGUGCGGAUGCCCUUAGCAGGCCGGCGGAGGAAUAUGUCAACUCCGCUGAUGUGGAAUCUAUGUGGGUCAUGAAGGCGAUCGAAUUUGCAGACGUUCAUUACAAUCUGAUAUCUUCUGUGGAUCCGAAAUUGUUGCGGUUAACGAAAGAAGACGAUGACCGAAUAUACCAUACUUUUAAGUACCAAUUUCCAAAUUUUUGCAUUGACAAUAUAACAAUUGAAUCGUUAAAGGAUGACAAUGCCAAAGAAAAAUGGAGAUUUUUCUGUGAAGCGUUUAAAGAUAUGGAGGACUACAGCUAUGGAACUUUACUGAGACUGAACUCCCAAAAGGAAUACACGGAGGAUAAUUCGAUACUGGUGACUCGGAUUCAAUUCCUUGCAGUGGAAAUUGCUCGGAAUCGACAGGGCUUUAAUGAUUCGACAUACCAAGCAAAAUCCAUUGUUACACCUGAUGUUGCUCAGAUUAAAUUAGACAGUUAGUUAAAGUUGGUUGUUUAGACUUCAGUUUCCAAUUCAUUUUCGCCCGUAUUGCUAUAAUUAGUGUAAUGUUGGAGAUGAUUGAUUUGGUUAUUGAAAUACGCAACUUAUAUAUAAUUACAUUACAUGAUGUGCGUAUAUUAAUCACUCAUGAACGUCUCAAUGUGUGUACCUCGAUAAAUUUUCUAUUUCUGGUAAUAAUUUUAGUUAUUACUGCGAUAUGUAAAUUAAAUUAUUAAGGAAAAGUAUACUCAUUCUUAAAAAUAAAAUAUAAUCUUAAUAUA